AUGCCUUGCAGCGUAAUCAGCAAUGGUAAUUGUGACAGUGUCUUGGGAGGCGAUGCCCUAAUGUCUUUUACAGCGGGUUCAUGUGACUCUGUUCUUCAAUGCUCACAACGAUCCUUAAAAAACGCCUCUUUACCAAAUCUCCUCCAUUUUAUCAGAGAUAUCACAACAAGAUCAAAAGUUUCGAAAAUAACCAUGGUAGUUGGUUUGAUCUACGUAAAUCGAUUAAAAAAAUCUUUACCAUCUACAGCACGUGGCGAUUUUGAUACACCAUAUAAAAUUUUUUUAUCCGCGAUUUUAGUUGCAAGCAAAUAUUUAAGUGAUCAAUCUCUUCAAAAUAAGACCAUUGCUGAUAUUACUGAUGGUCUUUAUACCGUUAAAGAUGUCAAUACCAUGGAACGUAGUUUUCUUGGUUUAUUGAAAUAUGAUCUUUGGGUCGAUAGGAAUGAAGUUGAAGAUUUUUUGGAUCAACAUCGGGUUGAAUUGGAAAUUAAUUUUGAUUGGACUCAUGAUGAUGAUGAAAUGGCUUAA